AUGGUCCACCUAACCUGUAUUUUCCACAUCUGUUGUUGUUUACAGAGGGAGGAGAGAGUCUUGGGGCAUAUUGCCAUAGUGACUGCAAGGUGUCAGUGGCUGCGGAAGAAAAUCCUGCAGGCUCAAGAUAGGCAGAAACAGAGGGCCAAACGGGAGAGCAGUGAGGAAAGCGAUGAGGGAGCAGCUGGGGGCCCGAGGGAUAUCCCAGCAUGCAGUAGGCCGUUAGGCGUGCAGCCCAUGCUGGAGGUAUCCAUCAGGGAAGCAGAAGCCCAGCCUUUUGAAGUCUUAAUGCAGUUUCUCUACACCGACAAGAUCCAGUACCCACGCAGAGGUCAUGUCCAGGAUGUUCUCCUGAUCAUGGAUGUGUACAAACUUGCACUGAGUUUCAAGCUUUCUCGGCUGGAGCAGCUUUGCGUUCAGUACAUCGAGGCAUCUGUGGAUCUGCAGAACGUUCUUAGUGUUUGUGAAAAUGCCAACAAGCUGCAACUGGACCAGCUCAAGGAGCACUGUCUUAACUUUGUGGUGAAGGAGUCACACUUUAACCAGGUGAUCAUGACAAAAGAGUUUGAGCAUCUUUCCACUCCACUGAUAGUGGAGAUAGUGCGACGAAAGCAGCAGCCUCCCCCCAGAGUGUAUUCAGACCAGCCUGUGGAUAUUGGGACAUCUCUUGUCCAGGACAUGAAAGCCUACCUGGAGGGGGGCGGUCUGGAGUUCUGUGACAUUAUUCUGCUUUUAGAUGGACACCCACGGCCUGCGCACAAAGCAAUACUGGCGGCCCGAUCUAGUUACUUUGAGGCGAUGUUCCGCUCCUUCAUGCCGGAGGACAGUCAGGUAAAUAUAUCAAUCGGUGAAAUGGUCCCAAGCAAGCAGGCUUUUGAGUCUAUGCUGCGUUAUAUCUACUAUGGCGACGUCAACAUGCCUCCAGAGGAUUCUCUUUAUCUGUUUGCUGCACCAUAUUAUUAUGGCUUCUCCAACAACAGGCUGCAGGCUUACUGUAAGCAGAAUCUGGAGAUGAACGUCACUGUAGAAAAUGUCUUGCAGAUUCUGGAGGCAGCAGACAAGACGCAGGCUCUGGACAUGAAGAAACACUGCCUCCACAUUAUUGUCCACCAGUUCAUCAAGGUAUCCAAGCUUCCCAACCUGCGGUCUCUCAGCCAGCUGCUGCUGUUGGACAUCAUUGAGUCUCUAGCUACGCACAUAUCAGAUAAACAGUGCGCUGAGAUGGGCUCUGACAUUUAGGAUCACUGACUGGAGCUCUGUUUUUUCUCUUUUAGAAGCCAUAGUUCUCCCGUACAUACUUCUAUACAUUCCCUCCCUAACGUUUUUAUAACUCUUGCAUGUCGCA